GGAAGUUGUGGGUGUCUGCUAAUAUCCGUCCGUGCGGAAGCAACAAACACAGCCAAGAUGGAGUUGAUAAACGCUGGACAUAUGAUGAGUUUAGCAGCUCUGCAAAGACAAGACCCGUACAUAAACAGACUGCUUGAUGUAACCGGCCAGGUGGCACUCUACAACUUUAACUCCAAAGCGAAUGAAUGGGAGAAAACCGACAUCGAAGGCACCCUGUUUGUUUAUGCAAGGUCUGCCUCCCCUCACCAUGGCUUCACCAUCAUGAAUCGACUGAGUACAAAGAACCUUGUGGAGCCGAUCAAUAAAGACCUGGAGUUCCAGCUACAAGAUCCUUUCCUCCUCUACAGGAAUGGAAAUUUGGGCAUCUACAGUAUUUGGUUCUAUGACAAGAGGGAUUGUCAACGCAUCGCUCAGCUGAUGGUCAAGAUUGUGAAACAAGAAGCAGACCAGGGAAGGACGCCAGAGAGGCCAGAGCCAGGGAGAAUCAAUGGGGUUGCAGAACCUCGACCCAUUGACAUCCUGGAGCUGCUCAGCAAAGCCAAGGAAGAAUACCAGAGAGCCCAGGCAGGGGAAACUGAUGUGUUUGCAGAGCUGAAUGCGAAGGCCGCCAUCGGCUCAGUUAUAGAGCACACACACGGUGCAUCACAGCCAGAAAAGGCCUCGCAUACUAUGGUGAAGCAGAUCACAGUAGAGGAGCUCUUUGGCACAUCUGUACCUAAAGAACCUGUCCUAACAAACAAGCCUGCUCAUAACAAUGCCGCCUCAACUGACCUCUCCACCACGUACAUCCAGAAUCAACCCUAUCCCGCUCCAGCCCACCAGAGUCCUCUCCUCGCUCCCCACCUUCCAGGCCAAGAUCCUGGGUCCAGCCAGCGGCAACCAGCCCCCGCUCUCAUCCCAGCUCCUUACAUCCUCAAUCCCAGCCCGGUUUUCCAGUCAGUGGUGCCCAGGCCAGAUCCCCAGUCUCACUGCUCUGUGUCCCCUCUGUUGGUGUCAGACCACCACUCUGCCCCCCUCUGUCCCACACCCCCUCCAGCAGCCUCUGCCAGCUAUUUGGGUAAUGAGAUACUCGCCACCCUUAAACCAUCGGUGCCAUCUGUGAAUUCAGACAUCCACAAACCCAUCCUGGCACCAAACUUCCUGCCAAGCCCGCUGGUUCCACCCCAUAGCUUCCAGGAGCACAAGAUGGAUGUUUUCUCCCAGCCUCCAAACCUGAUCAAGCCGAUGUCUGCGGUCCCCAUGAGUCCAGGACUGGCUGUUCCAAGGACAGACACCUCUGUGCUUCUCUCCCCCAGCGCCUUCCAGCAGACUGUCAAUAAAGCCACAGCAGUCACGGCACCGGCGGCCCCCCCUGCUCCGGCUGAGCCACCUUCAGCCCCCGGAGGACCUGUGGAGCCUCUGCCAGUCCUCUGCAGCAAAACACAGUUACAGGAGACGUUGAUACACCUCAUUAAGAACGACGCAGACUUCCUCAGUGCCAUUCACGACGCUUACCUGCAGAGUCUAUCCAAGGACCUCAGCAGCAUGAAGCUAUAGCUUGACCACAGCCACUGAUGCCGCAUUUCCUGUUUGCACACGGAAGAGAAUAUAAAAAAACAGCCAACAGGUUUUUGACACACUGAGCACCACAACUCUUCAGCAUUGGUUUGUGUGCAAAGGAUUAUUACAGCAUGCACCUCACCUUUUUACCCCAAUGCUGUUCCGGCCAAGCUUAUUGCCCUGGAUUGACUUUUUUUUCAGUUAUAUCAAAGGAGAGCUACUGAUGGAGAAAUAUUGAGAACAGAUCUCCCAGUACGUCUUUGUUUUACUUCUUAAUCUUGAUUCAUUUGUUCAGACUACUGGCCGCUUACUGGUGAAGUAGGCUGAAUUCUCUGGAUGGGACCACAGAUCCGUUCUGAUGGCAUCAAACCCCUCUUUGACUUUUUCAGGCAGGUCCUCUGCUGGAGCAUUAUGGGACUCAUAGAGGUUCCUUCUCUGACUCAUCACACAUCUGUGUGGGCUUCUCACAGUGCAGGGGUGUGAAGAAAAAACACACUUAUAUUCCAAAUGUUUAUUGAAGCAAACGUCUGCGUGGGUGCAUCUCAGAACUGUUAAAAAUAACUGCUUUUUUCCCCAUAAUUUUUUUUUCCACUUAUCAAUUAAGAAAAAGACUGUGAAGCCUGUGUGUUUUUGGUCAAAAUAAUUGGAUGCUGAACAGCCGUUUCAGUUUUCGUGGCAUUUUGAGUUUGACUGUUUUUUUUGUUUUUUUUCCAGCCUUUUUCACUGAGGAGGAUUAAUUAUUUUCAUAGUUAUGAAUUCAAAUUAUGGACCAGUCUCUCUUAGCCGUUCAGUUUUUUCUUAGUGCGACAGACUGUGAAACCGUUAUAAGGACUCAAAUGGACAAAUGGACUUUUUUCCUACCUUUCCUUCACCAUCUCUCCGGCUUUGUUUCUUUUCUCUCGUUGUCUUUAUUUGUGACCUUGUCUCCUCCUCCAGCUGAGCUCAGAGGAUUUAAUUUUCUUGGAGGGACAUGUGCAAUAGACGACAGUCGUAAAGCCUUUAGCAAGAGCAGCUUUUUGAGAUAUUAGAGGAUGGUACUACAUAAAAAUAAUGUUUAUAUGAACCUCAGGGUUCUGUUGUUGAUCUGUGAUUGAGGAAUUGGGGGGAAAAUUGUGAGUAGUUUAUAUUAAACCAUUUUAAUCUAAAAAAUUAAAGAAAAGGUGCAGCUGAUGUGCUCUGAUAGCAUCAGGCUGAUUUUACCAUCCGCUAUCCAUCGACAUAAAUUAAAAGAGAAAGUACAAAUGAUCUCCAUUCCCAUUUCUCAGCUUCUGUUCAUGUCAAAAUUAUGAGUCAAAUUAGCAUUAUUUUUACCAUGUUUUUUUUGCAGUAAAGAGCUACUGCAGCACACAGGUCUGUUGAAAAAUAACGACACCUGAUCUGAUCCUUUAGAACAAUUUUUGUUUCAGCUUGUUUUGGUGUUUUUUUGGGGGGGUCACAUUGAAUUAUAAAGAUUUGUCUUAUCCUGGCAUCAUAUCGCUGAGCAUAUUUGAGCACUUACAAGGUCAUUAAAUCUGCUGAAAAAUGUUUUGAAAACAGGAUUUUAGGGCACAGCUGGUUCCGUUUUCCAGUCACCUGAACCAUCAAUAUUUUCUCAGUCAUUCAAUGUGAAACACAUAUUUUGGUUUCCGUUAUUGUACACAAUAUAAAAGGCAAAGAUUUAUGUUCCCUUUAAUUUUUUUAACAGAAAUAUCAUACAGAUAAUUGGAAAAUUACCAAAUUGGUGACAUAAAUCACUGUGUUGGUUCCUUAUCGGGACUUCUGCAUCAGGAGUUGUUUGGUUUGCAAUUUGAAUGUGGCUCAGGUUGAUCUCCAGUCUUUUAAUUUUCAUUUAGGUCCUGCGUUAAAAACAAAAAAAAAAAAACACUUUAUAGCCACAUACUCUCAGGACCCUCUCGUCUUUUUCUUUAUGACAAAGGUUAAACUUGGAAUGUAGGCUGUGAAGCCAGGAAGGAGAUUAGAGGAGGAAAUGAAAUUAUUGGCAUGUGAUAAAUCUUUGAAAACCAAACAUGUGUUGGCUGAAUAAAGAAUGGAAAUUGUUUUAAUCACAGUCACAUAUUUAAGAUUUUAAUCUCCUUUUUUUUAUCUUCUUGGCCAGGUUUGUCAUUUUGGGUCAAUCUUUGCAAAUUAUAUUAAUUUUCUAAAUGUGUCACUGUGCAUAAUUUGGCUUAUAAAUAUUUUGUGAUAUUAAAGAUUUGAAAUUAGAAUCGAGUUUGCU